GAACCCAUUGGAUCACGUGCUUUUUCUCACCUCUCUUUAACACCAUACACACACCUAUCUCGCCGGCUUACAAACUGUCGGAGAACGAUGCCAUGACUGCGGAGCUGUAAGAAUCGCGGCGGUAUACGUUGCCAAGAGCUCGAGCGGACAACAUGAACCUGUUGUGAGUUAAUAAGCCAUGAGGUGUUAUUUUUAGUUUCCACUGGCACAUGAUCCUCAAAUAUAGGGCGAAAACCAUACUGUUCCUUUUCACUCUGGAGGCUGUAAGUGCUUUAGAGGCCAAUCUCACAUCGUGGCGACAUCACAGAAGGCAAAAACGGUUCCUGAUUUAUCAGAAUGGCGGGGUAGUCAAGUUUGUUUCGGGAUGUGCAUUUCCGGUUCCGUUUAUGGAGAAAAAGGCGUGGCGCCAGUUGGUUUGGCUGAUGAACUUUCACUAUCAGUUCAACGAGCCACAAACUCCAAUCUACUGGUGGAAACUGUGGGAUGGCUCCCGAAAUCUUAAGGGACCCUUGACCCACCCAGCUCCUCCAUCGGUUCCAGCUCGCCUUUUGGUGGAUGAGCCUCAACUGCUGCUUUUCAAGUUCGCCGAGGCCUAUAUGAACCAGUUGGGUCAAAAUGGUAGUGCCUGUCUGGAACGUCUGAUCUGCGAGAAUGGUCAGGUGGAUGAGCAUAGUGGACUUUACGCCCAACUGCUCCACAGGUUGUUAAGACCUCAUCGCACGCUGGACGUGAGGUAUUUGGAUGCCUACAGGAUGGGUCGCCAUGGCGUUGACUGCCGAAAUACGUUUCCAGAGGCCCAUCAUUGCGUUUUGGAUGACUACAUACACCUCCAUGAGCGAGGACCGAAACAGAGUUUUCUUUAGCCGUAGAAUUCGAUUUCUCUUUGGACACAUGGCGCUGGCUGUCAGUAGUUCGAUAACAUUUACAUGACAUGUACAAAACUAAUUAAUGAUAAUUAAAUGUAAUAACUGAAUAAUUAUAUACAGCGACUUCAUCUCAA